CUUCAUAUUGUACCUUGCUAGCUAAUCCAAUACUUCAUGCAUGGGUUCCAUUGGCAAUGGCUACAACAACAUUGAUGAUGACAAGCCUCUUCAUGUUGUAAUGGUUCCAUGGCUAGCUAUGGGACACAUAUACCCUUAUUUUGAGUUGGCCAAGAUUCUUGCUCAAAAGGGUCACUAUGUUACCUUCAUAAACAGCCCUAAAAAUAUUGACCACAUGCCAAAAACCCCUAAAAUUCUUCAACCAUUCAUAAAAUUGGUUAAACUAUCCUUACCGCAGAUAGAACAACUCCCAGAAGGUGCGGAGAGUACUAUGGACGUUCCACACAACAUGUUUGGCUGCCUUAAGUUGGCUUAUGAUGGUCUCCAAGAUGAUGUUACUGAGAUACUCAAAACAUCAAACCCUGACUGGGUUUUCUAUGAUUUUGCUACCGAAUGGUUACCGUCAAUAGCCAAAAGUUUGAACAUCCCUUGUGCUCAUUAUAAUAUAAUACCAGCUUGGAACACAUUUUUCAUGGAUCCACCUAAGGAUCAAAUCAUGAUCAAGCCGGAUUUCAAUCCUGAAGAAAUGUGUGGCACACAAAACUGGGUUCCUUUCCAAACAAACACUCGUUUGAAACCUUAUGAGAUUAUUAGAACAAUAUCAGAUUUUAAAGAUGAUUCCGGAGGAAUGGCUCGUUUGAAUGUCAACAAAGUAUAUUCAAGUUGUGACCUUCAUCUACUCAGAACAUCAAGAGAGCUUGAAAGUGAAUGGUUGGAUUAUAUCUCUGAACAAUACAAGGCUCCUGUCGUUCUUGUUGGGUUGCUUCCACCAUCUAUGCAGAUAAGAGACGAUGAGGAGGAAGAGAACCAUCCUGAUUGGUUGAAAAUAAAAAAAUGGCUGGAUUCAAGAGAAUCAUCUUCCGUUGUUUACAUUGGAUUUGGGAGCGAGUUGAGGUUAACGCAAAAAGAUCUAACCGAAUUAGCUCAUGGAAUUGAGCUUUCUAGGUUACCUUUCUUUUGGGCUUUGAAAAACCUAAAAAAGGGUACACUUGAGUUACCUAAAGGAUUCGAAGAUCGAACCAAAGAACGUGGAAUUGUUUGGAAAACAUGGGCACCCCAGCUUAAGAUCUUAUCCCAUGGAGCAAUUGGGGGGUGUAUGAGUCAUUGUGGUUCAGGUUCAGUCAUUGAGAAGCUCCAUUUUGGACAUGUUCUUGUUACAUUGCCUUAUUUGCUAGAUCAAUGUUUGUUUUCAAGAGAACUAGCUGAAAAGAAAGUGGCCAUUGAGGUUCCAAGAAGUGAGGAGGAUGGGUCCUUUACUAGGGACUUUGUAGCCCUAACAUUGAGGUUAGCAAUAAUGGAUGCCGAAGGAAUUAUUUACAGGAACAAUGCAAAAGAGAUGGGCAAGAUUUUCAGUUCAAAAGAACUUCACAAAAAAUACAUUGAAGAUUUCAUUGCUGCUCUUCAAAAGUAUAGGGUUCAUUCUGAGAAUUAAUUAAGAAUAUUUUAUAUGUUUCAAUUUCUAUAAUAAAAUAGUCACUCUACUCCGUGCUUGAAACAUUGUUUGUUUUAACAUCUAACACAUAGAAUCUUUAUUCUUGUUUAUGUGUGGG